AUGACCGAAGUCGACGAAACCGCAAAACUAUGGAAAGUCAAUCGAACAAUCCACGAGCUAGUCAAAGAUAGAGGUUUUCAAGUUUCCGAUGACGAACUUUACAUGGAUCUCAACCGGUUUCGCCAAUUGUACGCAAAUAACAGCGGUGUAGUUGAUCGGAACCAGUUGAACUUCUACACGACGUCUAACACGAAUCCGACUGAUCAAAUUUUUGUUUUCUUUUCGGAAGAGCGAAGCGUUGGUGUAAAGACAAUGAGAAAGCUUCUUGGUAUCCUGGAGGAGAAGUCAAUACAACGCGGUAUCAUUGUCUUUCCAGGCAAUAUGACCCCGUCUGCUCGCAAAGUUAUUGUCGCUAUGUCCAACGACUAUCGAUUAGAGGAAUUCUCCGAGGCCGACUUGCUGGUUAACAUCGUGCAUCAUACCCUAGUACCCCGUCACGAAGUUUUGAGCCCGGAAGAUAAGAAAUUGCUACUGGAAAAAUACCGUCUCAAAGAGACUCAACUACCCCGCAUUCAACUAGCGGAUCCCGUUGCUCGAUACUAUGGACUCCGUCGAGGGCAGGUAGUCAAAAUUACACGGCCUAGCGAAACCAGUGGACGAUACGCAAGCUACCGCAUUUGCUUCUAG